AACGCCGAUCCCUGACACCGCAGCACAGUUCGGUCAGUCCGCGUCUGGUACAGCAGCAGAAGUGAUCCUGUCUGUGGAGGAGCGCGUACUGGAACUGAACAUGGCCCUCAUUGGUAUCCUCUUCUUUAUUUUCACUGCGACAUGUGUUGGUGCUUCGAGCUUUUUUAAUGAGUCCAAUACUGAAAGCUUCGGCAAGCAUGGCCAGCAGUCACUGCUGCAGUGUGUCGUCAAAACCAGAGAAGAGGCAGUCGACAUGGAAAUCAAUACGGUCUCUUGGACGAAAAAGGGGGUGGAGAAGGCCUUGCUGUUUUUUUACGAAGGAAAAACAACAUUGCAGACAGACUACAUGUUUGCUGAGCCGUCCUGGAACAGUAAGAACAUGAACGUGUCCCUGCUCAUCACCAACACUAUGGUGGAACACGCUGGAAUUUACAUAUGCACGGUGGAAACAGACUUCGGCGUUUUUAAAGAGACCACCAACUUCACAGUCACAGCCAAAUACAGUGAACCAACCGUAAGCUCUGUCCUGGGGAAGAUUACCCAAAACACAAAUGGCCACCAAAAAGGUGCUGCAAGCCGAGAAGAUGAAAAGUCUGAUUCAACCUCGAAAAUUGUCGCUCCUGUGGUGGUGAUCGGAUUCCUGAUCAUUGGAUUGGUGAUGGUGCUCCUUUACCUACGGCGCCGUAAGGAUGGCCAUGUGACAAACAAUGCAAGGGAGGAGCAGGAGGGGGAGGAGGAGAAGGGUCUUCGUAAUAAAGACGACGAUCGCAACCUGGUGUGAGGAGAAACUUCAUGUCGCAUGGAUGUACAAACUUACUGUCAACCUCUAAAUCAUCACUUCCUUGUGUGUUCUACUUCACAAUAUAACCAGGGAUAACUUGUAUUGUAUUACUCUGAUUCAUCUAAGGACAUGUACCACCUUUAUUUACCCACUAUAAUAUCCUUAAGGAGACACUUUUAAAAUCAAGUCUGAUUCUAAUACAGGAGUGCAAAGGGCAAAUAGAGAUCAGGGAGUUGUGUUCAGGCUGUGAUAAACACAUCAGGAACUAGAGCGAUAUAAUAAUGCGAGGGCGUUGGACAUCUGAGUCAGUGCUGGUCGUUGGCUGGAAAAAGAUUGUAUAGAUCCCUCUUUGUUUAGGCUGAGCAGAAGCUGUGGCAAUAUGUAGAUGGAAUUUUUUUUUUCACUUUCUCACCCUCUUUAUCAGUGUUCUAUUGAUAGAGGCACAGCCUGUGUGUAUUCGUGCAGAGCGUGCACAUGUGUAUCCAUAGGUGAUGGGCAAUUUUGGUUCAAUACUGUCAUUGUGAGGACAUUUUGGCUGGUCCUCCUAAAUUCAAUGGGCUGUUUGAGGGUUAAGAUUUGGUCUUAGGGUUAGGGUUGGAAUUAGUGUGGAAAGUUUCAGGACAAUGUCAUGUCUGAGUUCAUGUCUGAAAGCAGCUCAUGCCUCAAUGCUUUCCUAGGCUGUUGCUCUCUGUAAUAGGCCCCCCCCGCGCUCCUGCUGAUAAUAUCAAACCAAAGCUUCAGCAAUCAUUAUUAUGCACGAGGCGGGACAGACCCAAAAUUGCAGUUGUUGGUUUUUUGUAGCGUAUUUUACAAGACGCCCCUAAAUGAAGAAUCAAAAGAGAUUAUUAUUCUUAAAUGACAUGAUUUAAGAUUAAGAUUAUAAAACACAUGUAGCAUAUAACUGUAUAUAGAAAUGUAUUGAAAGUCUUGAGGUCUUUGGUCUGUCUGAUUUUAAUCGAAUGUUACUGAGAAAAUCCAACCCUUGCAAACUUCAUAUCCUCAUUCUAGCCACUGAGAAACCGGAGUGUGACACUCUGGGUUGUACUCUCAGAGUGUCACAUGAUCUCACUGUCCGGCCAGAGCGGGAUAGUAAAUGCUGUGUUUGUUUGAUGAACGUGUGCUCAUUCGACAUUUGGCAGUAAUUGGCAGCUUAGCUUCACCCUCUGAGACAAGUCUUCAGUUUCAUUAUUAUCUCUAUCUGACGGUAGAUCAAGUCGUCCAUAUCUUAAGGAUUUUGUGAAUCAUUUUGGCCUAAGUUGUAGCAGGUCACAAGGAAGCUGUAUCCUAGGUGUGGACUAAAACCACCUGUGACUUAUCUUGAUGCUUUGGGUCAAUCAUUAACUUGUAGGGGAGGAAAAACAGAAUCUGUAUGAACUUUGAAUAUCUCCUCUACUUUUAUGUUCUGGCAAUUUGAAAACCAUAACAUGAGCCUGCGAGAACUGUUUUGUAUAUACUGUAAUGUUUUUUUUAUUUUUUUUAAUGAUUUUUGAUAAAAUUGCUGAGUCCUGCUGUGUGGAUGCAGAUUGCGUGUGAGGGUAAAAAUGAAAGCUGUGAUAGGACUGUGUACUUCUUGUUGUGAUUAACAUGAACUAUAGGAGCUGUGAUCUCUUAAUGUGACUCAAAUAAACCGUGAACAAAA